CGGACAGAGGACGUGAUAGUCGGAUCGCGAAGAAAGGCGGACAGGAGGGGAGGGGGGACCCGGUUCUGAACCAACAUGGCCCGAGCUUUGCGGAGGCUCAUUCAUUUGCUGCUCUUCUGCCCUCUAUCGAAAGGCCUGCAGGUGAAGUACCUACUCUUGGUUUGGUUGGGCGUUCUGGUGGCCAGUUGGGUGCUCUACAUGCAGUACGCUUCCUACUCGGAGUUGUGCCGUGGACACGUCUGCCAGGCCGUCAUCUGUGACCACUACAGCAGAGGCGUCAUCUCCGGGUCAUCCUGCAAGGCUCUGUGUGAGCAGAAAACGCUGACGCUUGGCCACUGCAUGUCCACCUCCUCAAAAAAUCAGGUGUACGCUGGCCAUUGGAAGGAGAGGCCGGUGGUGAUCAAGUGCGGUAUCGAGGAGUCCGACGGCGGUCCCGAUUCAGCGACCCGUCCGAAGAGGAGCCUGUUCGAUAAACCCACACGUGGAACCUCCAUGGAUGAGUUUAAGGAGAUGUUGCACCACUUCCUCAAGGAAAAUUUCGGGGAGCAGCCAUCCUUGAGCUCCCUGGUGGACAGAAUCAUUUCACUGGCGGACAUCAACCAGGAUGGCAAACUGUCUCUGGCGGAAGCCAAGUCCAUCUGGGCCCUCCUCCGUGUCAACGAGUUCCUCCUGAUGGUGGCCCUCCAGGAGAAGGAGCAUACCCCAAAACUGCUGGGCUUCUGCGGGGACCUCUAUGUGACUGAGCCACUGGGUCACACCUCCCUCUACAAGGUGGAUGUGCCGCCCUACCUGCAGGCUCUGGUGCCGGGGGCUCUGGUAUCCGGGCUGAACCACUGGCUGGCCCCGGCCUGGCCCCGACGGGCGCGCAUCACUAUCGGCCUGUUGGAAUUUGUGGAGGAGGUCUUCCACGGGCCCUACGGCAGCUUCCUGAUCUGUGACGCCAGCCCGCGUCACGUGGGCUACAACGCCAAGUACGACUGCAAGAUUGCCGACUUGCGCGCCGUGGCCUCUGAGGCGGCGGUGCGGGCCCACCUGAAGGGACGGCGUUGCGAAACCAACGCCGACUGCACCUACGGCCGCGACUGCACGGCCACCUGCGACCGGCUGGCAAAGCGUUGCAACGCCGAGGUGGUCCAGCCCAACCUGGCCAAGGUAUGCGCCCUGCUCCAGGAUUUCCUGCUUUACGGGGCGCCGCCUGAACUGCAGGGGGACCUGGAGCGCCAGCUGCGCACCUGCGUCACCCUGACCGGGCUGGCAAGCCAGAUGGAGGUGCACCAUUCGCUGGUCCUCAACAACCUUAAGACCCUGCUGUGGAAGAAAAUCUCCAACACCCAGUACUCCUGAACAACAAACAGGUUUGCUUGCAAUUUGGCAAUUUGGGAUCGUAGUAAACCAAGACUUGAUCCUUGUAUCAUCACGGAAGACUAAAGUAACCUGUAAAUAGUGUCCAAAGGGAAAGCAUCGCAAAACAAAAUGGACAAAUGCAACUCGCUCACUACCAGUUUAGUAUUGUGGAACCUCUAAAUCGUUCCAAACUGUUGGUGUGUCAAAGCACGUAUUGUAUAUGAGAAACAUCUCCUAGCAUAACAGCACACAAAAUUGACAAUACUGAAGAUAUGAUAUGAUUGUCGCAAUUUACAGUUUAGCUCAACACAAAGCUAUUAUUCAGUUGUAUGAAUGGCUACACAGUUAACACACUUGAUUGUUUUACUAUGUUUUAACCCUAACUCACUUAUGAGACAAUGAAUGGAAAAAUGAGCUUUUACAUUGUCAUAUUAACAGUCUUUUUUAUACUAAAUUAUAAUAUUAAAAUAAUAAUAAAAUACUAAUAUUAAAAUGACAUGUCUAUUCAGAUUAAUAUUUUAUAAUAUAAUAAUAUAAUAAGUAUUACCUUUGGAGAAGAUGUUGCUCAAGCGGACAUUGAAUAUUUAGAGGUUCCACUGCAAAAUGAAAAAUACAUUGAAGCGUGAGCGGAGUUGGUGACAAUCAGCUGUGAUUAAAAACUUGACUUGAUACUUUUCAGUGUUUAAUUUUAAUUCCUCUGAGGGCCAACAAACAAACGUUAUCCAUGUCUGUAUCACUGCAUUCAUUUUUAAAAAAGUGAAAUGAUCAAAAUAUGCUGGAAAUUGAUUUUGGGAUCCGGAAGACUGCCCACACUGUCAAUAUUUCUUUAACGAGACUUUGUUGAUACAGAUACUUUUGCAGUUUAAUUAGCUGUGUUACUUCUGGAUUGAUUUGAUGAUGUUGCAAUUACCUUUGUCUUUUUCCUGGUAUCAAUUGGAGCAUUCCACACGGAGUGCAAUACAGGCAAAGCUGAUAUAUUUGCUGUAUUGGUACUCCGUAAAGGACCACAUGAUGGAGUUGACGUAGGAGAUUUCAAAAUGAUUAUUGAACGCUUUAAGAGAAAAUAAGUUGACGUCGUAGCAUCUGCGAAGAUAAAAGACAAAGUGUGGCAAAAAAAAUGACAUACGUAAAAGUGUGUUUGAAUGUGUGGCUCGGUUCCAAACCCAAAGUCCAAUGAAGGAUGACGUUGAGCAAUCGUGAGUCACUUUUUUAUAUGCUUUGUGCCCCAUAAAAUGCACACACAAAGGCAUUGGAGCCCAAGUUGCGUCUCAAUGGGCAGAGUAAUAAUAUAAAUUGCUGUGUACUUACUGUCUUCUCUGCGGGGCCCGCAACACUGUCAACACAACAAAACAUAUGGUUUGUCUUUUAAUUGUUUGUAUGAAAAAUGGUUUAAUUUCACAUUUGUUUUACUUUUAUUAAGGGUAAAAAGUAAUUUACAAUGUUGCUGUCAUUAAAGGUCAAUUAUAUAUAUUA